AUGCUUGAGGAAAAUUGCUCCCCAGUAGCACCUGUAACCUUGGAAUUUCCCCCUCAGCUCCUGGAAAAUAGCCAGAAUUUGGAUCCCUUGGAUAAAAAUCAAUCAGUAUAUCUUGGAUUACAAAGCAAAAUUUGUGCAGGAAUCAUAUUUUCAGAAGAGGACUUAUCAGUAGGAAAAUUUAUACAGACAACAGUUAAUCCUAUUCCUGAAUUGCAAAACUCCCUGACAAUCCUAGUGGAAGAGAAAAAUGAGGGAAAAUUUAGUCAGAAUACAAGAACAGAGGAUGUAUCAGCCUUGGAUUCAGUAAAGUCAAUUCAGUCCCCCACAAUAAACUCAACAAUUUUUGCACCUGAAGGAAUUGGAACCCCAGAAGAGCCCAUUCCAAAUAUUACACCCAACUUAUUACCAGAAAUUGAUUCUAUCCCCCAUUCACAAUUAAAUUCCAUGGAGACCCAUGUUGCAGAACCUUGCUUCAAAGAGGCUAAAGAUGAAUUUUUCUACCAACAACCAGCUUUCAUUCCUUCCAGUCAAGUAUUUGAUUCUCAUAGAAACUUGGACAAAACAUUAGGACCCUACAACAAAGAAACAGACCCUGGGAAAAUAACAGAAAUAAUAGUCAAGUCAGCCUACAUCACAGAAAUUAUCCCAGGAUAUUUUUCUCCUACAACUCACCAAGUACCUCCCCACCAACAUGGAUUAAAACCAUUCAAGCCCCCAGAUAUCAGUCAAAAUUGUCCUGGUCCCCCUCUGGUUACCCUGGAAAAGCUUGGCCUGAGAAAACCUGUGGAAAAAUGA